AUGGCGCCAAUCUCACUCACCAUCCGCAAGGCCGAGCCCCAAGAUGCUCCAGCAAUCCUCGCAUUGGUGCGCUCAGCAUACCGAGGCGAGUCCAGCCGCGCUGGUUGGACCACAGAAGCAGAUCUCGUGGAUGAUCAGCGCAUAGACGAAAACGGAUUGCUCACAAAGAUCAAUGAGCCAUUUGGGGCGGUUCUUGUUGCGCACGACGCAGCCGGCGAUCUGAUUGCGUGCUGCGAGGUUUUAAAGAAGGACGACACUGUUGGAUACUUUGGCCUGUUUGCCGUAAACCCGCUGCGUCAGGCCGGGGGCAUUGGACGCACUGUUUUGGCCAAGGCCGAGGAGUAUGUCAAGCAGACCUGGGCCCUGUCUGAGAUGCAGAUGACCGUCAUUUGGACGAGACAGGAGCUCAUACAAUGGUAUAUCCGAAGAGGUUAUCAAUUAACGGAAAAGAAGGAGCCUUUUCCAUACAGCAGCUUGGUGGGCGGCAAGGCGCUGAGAGACGACUUGUAUUUCUCGGUGUUGGUCAAGGCUCUUUGA